GCCCGAUCGGCUGAAGGCGGAAACGGAAGCGCUCGUUGGGCUCGUCGGGACCGGAAGGGCCGGGUUGAGGGAGAAAGAGAGCGGUGAGGGGCCCCGAUGGCCGGGCUUCGAGGCCCCUGAGGCGGCGGAGGGACCGAGGCCUUCAGCUUUCUCCGGACCUGGACCCAAACGCAUUGACAAGAUCUCGCUGAAGGCCUCGUUGUCAUCUCAAUUCCUUCUGGACACAAUCGUGUGUCUUUAGACUCUUUGCCUUGAUCUCGAAAGGGAGCGUCUGGCCCCAUGUACACCCCUAGUGGCUCGGUGCUGCCUGGUGGGCGCCGGCGGAGAGGCCAGGAUGGGAGCACCUUGCCAAAGCAGCCGGAGAGGAGCCUGGCUUCGGCUUUGCCUGGCGCACUCUCCAUCACUGCCCUUUGCACUGCACUGGCGGAGCCUGCCUGGCUACGGAUUCAUGGGGGCACUUGCGCGCGCCAGGAGCUGGGCGUCGCUGAUGUGCUCGGAUACGUUGACCCCGAGUUACUCAAAGACUACUGCAUGAACCCCCAGACAGUGCUCCUGCUUCGGGUCAUUGCUGCUUUCUGCUUCUUGGGAAUCGUCUGCAGCCUUUCGGCCUUCCUCUUGGAUGUGUUUGGACCCAAGCAUCCUGCACUGAAGAUCACACGACGUUAUGCGUUUGCCCACAUCCUCACAGUCUUGCAGUGCGCCACGGUGAUCGGGUUCUGCUACUGGGCCUCGGAGUUGAUCUUGGCACAGCAGCAGCAGCACAAAAAGUACCACGGCUCCCAGGUGUACGUCACCUUUGCCGUCAGCUUCUACCUGGUGGCCGGAGCAGGCGGGGCCUCCAUCCUGGCCACGGCAGCCAACCUGCUGCGCCACUACCCCACUGAGGAAGAGGAGCAGGCCUUGGAGCUCCUCUCUGAGAUGGAGGAAAACGAACCUUACCCAGCGGAGUAUGAAGUGAUCAACCAGUUCCAGCCUCCUCCGGCCUACACGCCGUAACACCUUCCCUGCCCAGCCUGACCUUUGAGUCGGAACACAGUCUGCAGUUGCUUGGGAAGGCAUUCCCUCGCCCCAGAGCCACUCACUGGUGUUUUCCCUUCCCUCUUUCAACCUCCUUGUUGGGAGAGGACUCACUCGAAAGGGUUACCCACACAGGAGCACUCACCUCCAGAGGCAGGUCAAUGGAUGAACUUUUCCUUCCCCAAGUCCCUUCUGUGAUAUACCGAAAUAAUUGACCUACAUGAGUCCAAGCUGCGGCGUUCCGCUUUCCUGUGACUCUGCAAACUUCCAGGUUGUCCUUUGGGUGUGCUCUUAUGCGAGACAGAAAUCUUUCAGGAUGGGGUGGGACGUCUUGUCUCCUAUGUGAAAGAGACACCAUGACUGAUCAGGAGGGACUCGGGGCUCCUCUGUUUUCGUCUUUGAAUGGUAACUAGAUCCUUCACACUGAGAUGUGCGCACUCAGAAGUAGUGAGUUCAACAGGCCUGCACAGCUCAUUCUUCUUCUCGCCUGCUUUUCCCCAGCUCUUUUGCGGGGAAUGUGACUCUCACUGAUGCUUACACCUUGGUUGGGCUCCUUAUUUAGCACAUCUGAAGGUGGGGCUUCUUCGCUCUUCACUGGUCGGUGGGGCAGGGCGGCAGAAGGGUGUCUAUUAUUUGGGUUGCCUCCGUGUGCUUCCCAGCUUGCUUACCACCAUUGCUUCACCCACUCCCACAUUCUGCCUCAUGCUACUUAACAGAAGCAUUUUGCACUUUAUUUGUCGUUCUCACAGCCCCUUCCUUUCCUCUCUUAACCAUUUAUGGGGAAAUGGGAACGGAGCACAAACAAAACUUGGUGGAACCAGCUCGAGGAUGUUGCCACUACUGACUUUCCUUUUGAUAGGUGGGAGUAUCUUUUAACUUAAAGAAACAAGGCCUUUGCAAGGGCUGCAAUUCCAGUUGGCACCCACCCACAUGCAACAAAUGUAUAAGCAGCCCCUCUCAAGAUAGUGAGUACAGGAAGCUGUCACCGGGCUUAAGACGACAUGCAAAUUACUUGGUUCCAGGAUUGAGUUGAAUUAAUUUUAUCUCUUUCCAUCUCUUUUUUUAUAUACUUUUCAUUCUUAAGCCUCUCUCUAGCCGCAAAACAAUUAUUUCUAGCCACAUUCUCACAUCAUCCUAAGCCAUGGUCUCUGUUAGCUGUAACUUAUUAUUGCAGUGUUUCUCAACCUUCCUAGUGCCAUGACCCCUGAAUACAGUUCCUCGUGUUGUGGUGAUCCCCAACCAUAACAUUGUUUUCGUUGCUACUUCAUAACUGUAAUUUUACUACUGUUGUGAAUCGUAAUGGAAAUACCUGAUCUGCAGGAUGUAUUUUCAUUCACUUUACCAAAUUUGGCACAUUCGGAACUCCACCAACGAUGGAAUUGAGCCAAACUUGGCACACAGAACUUCAGUGACCGAGAAAAAAAUAUGGAAGGAUUUGGUGGGCAUUGAUCUUGAGUUUUGGAGUUGUAGUUCACCUACAUCCAGAGAGCACUGUGGACUCAAGCAGUGAUUUAUCUGGACCAAACUUGGCACGAAUCUUCAAUAUGCCCAAACGUGAACACUGGUGGAGUUUGGGGAAAAUAGAUGACAUUUGGGAGUUGUAGUUACUGGGAUUUAUAGUUUGCCUACAAUCAAAGUGCACUCUGAACCCAGCCCAGAAUGGAUCUGCACCAAACUUGGCACACUACCUACAUGGUCAACAUUGAAUACUGCUCGGGUUGGGGGAGGGGGGCUGUUUUUGAAUUCUGGGAGUUGUAGUUCACCAACACAAAAAAGGAAGCGAAGGACAGGCAGAGAGAUCUUCAGCCUUUUCUGCCAAAGGGGUUCCUAAGAUCUUCAGAGGGGUCUUUGGUGACCCCUCUGAAACUCCCUUUGCGAUUCCCCCCAAGGGUCCUCACCCCUAGGUUGAGAAACGCUGUGUUAUUGCUUUAGCCAUGAGCGACCAAAAUAACAAUCCCCGUUUUGGGUCUGUAUUUCUCUUGCUUUGCCUGACCGAUCAUGUUUCGAAAGCCAGGGAUAGGCUGCAUUCCUGGAUAGAGAAGCAACAACAAGCCAUGGCUUAAAGGAAACUAGAGUUUGUAAAUCCAAUAAUGAUGGUGACAGGUUGCUUGCAGAGAUGGGUUUGCAGUGGGGGGGGGGGGGCAAAAAGAACACAACAAGUCACAACUUAAAUUGCCAUUAUUUGUCAAUCUGGCCAGUUUUUAAUGCAGAGAUUCUUCUCAAAGCCUCAGGUAGUGGUGAAAGAGCAUCUCAAGAGUGUUCUAUUUAAGGAAAAUGUGACUGAUUUCCCUUUUCUCUUUCCAUAGAGAGGGAAAUCUGCUUAGAAAAAGCUUAAAAUGUUCCCUGUACUUUCUACAGUUUGAUUGCAAGGGAGGGCUUUUAUGGCAUGUAAAGCAUGAGACAGAGAAAGAGAGGCUGAUAGGUUUUAUUUCAGGGGGAAACAGACAUGUAACAAAAACUGACAAAUAGAAAAGGUUAAGUCCUUUUAUUUUAAUGUGCACCUGUUCAUUCAGAUACGAAACAUAAUGUUUUGAAGAAAGCUUGCUCUUCUAACUUUGUGAAGCUAUACUAGAUAUGGGUAAACCCAGGCCCGAGGGCCGGAUACACCCCUUGGGCUCUUUUCUCAGGCCCACGCCACUCUCACCUUCCUAUCCUUCCUACCUUCUCGCUUUCCUUCGUCCUUCCCUCCCUCUUUCUCCUUCCCUUCCACCCUUUCGUCCUCCCUCCCUCUUUCUCCUUCCUUCCCCUUCAUCCAUCGUCCUUUCCCUCUUUCCCUCUUUCUCCUUCCUUCCUUCCUUCCUUCCUUCUUUCCUCCCUUCCUCCCUUCCCUUCCUUUUGUCUUUCCUUCCUUCUCUCUUUCCUUCCUCUUUGCCUGCCUCCAUUUCCUUCCUCUUUCCCCUUCCAUCCUUUCCUACCACCCUUUUGUCCUUCCUUCUUUCCCUCUCUCCCUCCCUCUCCUUCCCUCCCUUUUGUCUUUCCUUCCUCCUUACCUCCCUCUCUUCCCUCCCUCUUUCUCCUUCCUUCCUUCCCUCCCUCCCCCCUUUUGUCUUUCCUUCUUUCUUUCCUUUAUCCUUCCCUUCCUUUCAUCUUUCCCAUCCACUCUUUUAUCCUUCCUUUCCUUUUGUCUUUCCUUCCUUCUCUCUUUCCUCCCUCCUUUCUUCUCUCCUCUUUUGCCUUCCCUUCUACCCUUUCAUCCUUCCUCUUCCUUCUUCCUUCCCUUUUGUCUUUCCUUCGUUCUUUCCUUUAGCCAUCCCUUUCUUCCAUACUUUCCUUCCUCCCUUUCAUCCUUCCUUCCACCCUUCCUUGCUUUUUGUCUUCCCUUCCCUUCUUCCUUCUUUGCUCCCUCUCUCCCUCUGUCUCCUUCCAUGCCUUCCCUUCCUCCCUUUCAUCCUUCAUUCCUUUCUUCUCUCUUUCCUUCCUCUUUCCCUUCCUUCACCAGGCAACCAGUCCUCCUAGCAGGUAGUGCUAGCAUUUGGCCCCAUGCCUGAGCUAUACCCUGAGGGUAUCCUUCUGUUUCACAUCUAUAUUUUGAAAUAUACCAGUGUUUUUGCCAUUCUUAGGUAGAGGAAUUCAUCUGCAUUGUUGUCUCCUGAGGUUCCCAGGUGAUAGGUACAUUCAGUUAGGUAAGCUGUUGGGGGAAGGAUGGAUCUGUUCUGCCUUCAACAACAUCCUGAAGUUUAAAAGCCACUCAUUCAGAGCUUAUUUGGCAUAGUGUUCUAUGGGCUUUAGCUCAAGCAUGGGCCAACUUCUGCCCUCCAGGUGUUUUGGACAGCCACUAUUAGGAAAUGUGGGAGUUGAGGGCCAAACUUGGCGCAUGCCUGCUUUAGCUGGCUUCUGGAGAGGCAUCAGAUGAAAUACAGUAGAGUGUCACUUAUCCGGCAUAAACGGGCCAGCAGAAUGUUGGAUAAAUGAAAAUGUUGAAUAAUACGGAGUCUCCUCCUGUUACCCAUCCAACACAGCUCUAGACACCUAGAAUACUAACAACGGGGACUAAAAGAGUGAAGGCAAGGCAACACCGUGGGGCUAGAGUGGCCCAGCAGGAAGUGCUCGGAUACGGAAGAGUGUGGAAAUCACAGAGGGAGGACGCUUCUGCUUCCAGUCCUGCCUCUUUUCCCCCUUUCCUCCCUCCUCCUCUUGCCUUUUUCACUUAUUAGGAAUGGAGAGAGAGUUGGGAAGCUCCUUUAAUUGAAUGGGAAAUGCUGGAGGGGUAGGGGUAAGACGGAAGGUCGGAUAAGCGAAGGUCGGAUAAGCGAGACUCUACUGUAGAAAUUAAAUAGAUACAGAUGUAAGAUAGGCCUCUUCAUUUUGUGGCCCCCCAGGUCUUUGGGCCUCCAACUCCCAGAAUCCUUAUCCAGCUUGUCCAAUGGUCAGAAAUUCUGGGAGCUGAAGUCUAAAAGAGUUUGGAGGUCUGCAGUUUGAAAAAGCUUUGGUCUAACUAUAAAAACAGCAGCUCUGCAGGAGAUAAAGCAGACCUUUAAUCCAUUCGAGUCUCAUCAGUGAAAUAGCCUCAUUUUUCUUUCAUCCUGGCCAUCCUUUUUGAAUGUUCAUAAAGCCUUUGUGAGAAGAGAAGUUGGCUGUAAAUAGUGUGCAUACAACGAUACUUUCUCUACCUAAUUUCUAAUCUUUUGAGUCCCAAAGAGGUGGACGUGGAGCCUGGGGAUACAUCCUGUGCGCUCUCUUCUCGGGCAGCGCCUCCAUGUGCCAAAAGGGGAUCCGCACCUUUCUCCUAAACCAAGGAGGGGACGGGACCGAACCCGGUGCCCAUGCGAUCUGUGUACUCGGUUACUGCGACGCGUUUUAGACCUCGAGCAUAAAUUCGUCAAGCACUGCUGAUAAUUAACAACCCAUCUGUAAAAUCUUGGAUUUGUUUUUCUACCAAAAACAAAAACACACACAUCCACAAUAAAACAAUGAUGUAAAUAGUC